UGUAUUACGAAUCAGCCCACUACGAAAGGACUUUGAACAGCCUGCUGAAAAGAUAGAUACUAUUUAAAUAGUAAUUUAAAAUAGUUUAAAUACUUUAAAAGAGGAAGUUUACACCGCUUUCUUCUUCGGCUGUGAUAGUCCCAGGUCCCUCCCCUGGUGCAGACAAGCGGUGGCACCGUCUCCUGGUGUGGAGGUGUUGGUCCUGUUCGGGCGGGCGGCAGCAGAAGGCGUGCCGGAUGGGACCCGGCUCUGCCCCAGCGCCUUCCCUGCCCCUGCUCACCUGGUGCACCUGCCCUCCGCUCGUCACCUCGCUCUGCCCAUCGCUCUGCGGGGCUGGCUGACGUCAGGAUGCGGCGGCCGGGACCGCCCGGCCGGACGCGGCUUCGCCUUCCCCGGCAGCGCCGGGGCACCGCGGCCACCGCAGCCCGGGCUGCUGCUCAUCCUGCUGCCGCCGACCCCGCCGCUGCUGCAGAUCCCGAUCCUGCUGCAGAUCCAGAUCCUGCUCCUGUUAUUGCCACUGCCGCUGAUCCUGCCGCUGCUGCAGCUCCGGCGUGCGGCCGCAGUCCAUCGCCCGGAGCAGCCAACCCCGAGUUACCCGGCCUGGCCACAGCCGGGGGAAUGCGGCAGGAGUCCCCGCGGUCACCGCAGCGAGAUUGAGCCUGGACACCGAGGAAUAACAAGCCAAACCAGCUGGGGAUUUGCAAUGCAAGCAGUCUUUCCAGGUUUCUUUUCUGCUUUGCUCCCACCCUGCUGUUGGAUUUGAGAUCAUGUCGGUUAAUAUUGUAGCUUUUGGGAAUGAAAGAGAUGGUUUUUCUGAGGACAAUCAGCAGCCCAGCCUGAUCUGGAAUUAUCUCAGGAGAAGUGCUCUCAUUUCCCAGAUUGACAGCAGCUUGUCUGCCAGUCACGUUGGAAACCCAGUUUUUACUGAGUAUCAAGCCUGCGUAUUUGGAAAUGUCAGACUGGUGGUACACGACUGCCCUGUCUGGGGUAUAUUUGACAGUGACUGGUACACUUCCUGCCGGCUCAUUGGAGGAGCUGAUAUUAUUGUGAUUAAAUACUCUGUCAAUGACAAGACUUCAUUUCAAGAACUAAAGGACAGCUAUGUGCCAAUGGUAAAAAAAGCACUAAAUCACUGCUCAGUUCCAGUAAUAAUUUCUGCUAUUGGAGCAAGAAAAAACGGAGUGCCUUGCACCUGUCCCCUGUGCACUUCAGACAGGAGGAGCUGUGUCACAACCUCUGAAGGAGUUCAGCUUGCAAAGGAACUCGGAGCCACUUACCUUGAACUGCACACUCUUAAUGACUUCUACAUCCAGAAAUACUUUGGAGGAGUGCUGGAAUAUUUUAUGAUCCAAAGUUUGAAUCAGAAGUCAUCAGAAAAAAUGAAGAAAAGGAAAAAGACGCAGAAGUGCCAUCGGGUCCAACCACCUCAGCUUGAACAGCCAGAAAAGAUGCCGAUCCUGAAGGGUGAAGCCUCGCACUACAACGCAGACCUGCACAACCUGCUCUGCUGCUGCCAGUGUGCAGAUGUGGCCUUCUACCCUGAGGACCUCAGCACAGCAGUGGAGGCUCACAAGAUCAUCCUCUGCUCUGUCAGCCACCUCUUCAUGCUGCUCUUUGGGGUGAAGAGACCAUCUGAUGCUCACGAUGCCUCCGUCGUGCAGCUGGCACAGAGCCUCUUUGUGGUGGAGGCAGGCGAUCCCUUCCCCUCCUCCCCCCAUGGUGUCCCACCCUGUGUCCCACCAGUCAGGGUGGUGGUGAAGGAUUCUGUCUUCUGCUCUUGUCUCCCGGACAUCCUCCACUUCAUUUAUUCAGGUGUUUUCCAGUGGGAACUAUUAGAAGAGGACAUAAGAAAGAAGCUGAAGGAUCCAGAUAAAACAGAACAUGUGCUUGAGAAAGUUAAAUGCAUCCUGAAAACUCCAGGGAAGCUAAACACUGCAAAGGACUGCAAGUCUCACCAGAUAAAACAGCUCUAUAGUACUUCUCUUAGGCUAUUCUUUAACACACCUGUGCUGGCUGAUGUAAUCUUCAAAAUACAAGGUGCAACUGUACCAGCCCACAGGGCAGUUCUGGUGGCUCGCUGUGAGGUUAUGGCAGCUAUGUUUAAUGGUAAUUAUCUAGAAGCAAAUAGCAUUCUGGUUCCAGUGUAUGGGGUUUCCAAAGACACUUUCCUGUCCUUCCUAGAGUACCUUUACACUGACUCCUGCUGCCCAGCCAGUAUUCUCCAAGCGAUGUCUCUGCUGAUCUGUGCAGAGAUGUACCAAGUAAUGAGACUCCAGCAUAUUUGUGAACUUUACAUCAUCACGCAGCUUCAGAGCAUGCCUAGCAGGGAACUGGCUUCCACAAGUCUCAGUAUUGUUAGCUUGCUCAAAAAAGCUAAGUUUCACAAUUCUGAUUGCCUUUCAACUUGGCUUCUUCAUUUCAUUGCCACUAACUACCUCAUCUUCAGUCAAAAGCCUGAAUUUCAAGAACUUUCAGUGGAAGAGCGCAAUUUUGUAGAGAUGCACCGAUGGCCUUCAAAUUUAUACCUGAAGCAGCUUGCUGAUUACAGGAACUAUAUCCACUCUCAGAAAUGCCACUGCACAGUAAUGUAAAGAGACUGAAUACACAUCAAGUACAUCUCAACUGCAAAAUUUCGCAUUGGGGAUUAUAUAGAAUAUAAAAAUCAUGUCAAGAGUGAAACCUGACACUGACCUCCUCUGGAAAUUACAGACAUUCUUUAUUUUGUUAACAAAUAACUUAUUUUUACCGUGAAGCAUUGAGAAAUGGACACUGGAGAUUUAUUUUAAGCACAAGGAUUUCAUAUUCAUGGGGAUUAAAUGUCUUAGAAGACAGUGCCAUGACUGGCUUCUGCUCCCCUUUCUAAUUUCCUUUUGGUUUAUUUUAUUUUUUUUCAUGGUUAUUUAUGACUGCUAAACUGAAUCUGUUGGAAAUAGACUAGUUCUGUAAAUCUGUGUGUAAUAGAAGCAUAGGGAUACAGUAGCAGUGCAGGGAAGCUGAGAAGCCAGGUCAUAAGUUCUUCAAAUACUUCAGGAUACAAAAAUUUUCUGCAGCAUUUGUUAGUUCACAAUAUAAUGGGUGGGCUUAAGAAGCAUUGUAGUUGCCAUUAAUUUAUUACUCCAGAGAAGGCCUGUAGUUCUGUUAAAACCUUAUGAGUAGAUAUUUUAAUUCCAGACAAAUGCCUAUGCAUUACAGUAUUCUCUAGUGCCUCCAAAUAUCUUAAGAAUGACGUAAUUUUUCCUGCCAGUAGGUAGGAGAAGAAAGCCUGUUUUCACACUCUGCAGAACACCUUUGUUAGUGUGCUCAUAUUGUAUUUUUCCCCAUGAGAAAUGAAGAGUGGGAAAACCACAUAUACUCAGAGCAUAUCUGUAUGGUACUGAUGGACAGGGAAGAAAGGUAGAGGGAUCAACAGCCUUUCUUGGGGUUUGAGCAGAAAAACUCACUAGAAGAAGUGGCUUGUAGUCACCACAAUACAUCUUAGAUGUGCUGAUCAUGAAGGAGAUGACCCUCGCAGAUUUGCCAGUGCUGCCAGGGUUGUUGGCUUUUGUGGUGGGACUUCGAUCUGAAACCUCCCCAGAAGGGAUUCAGUUCAAGUUUAGUUAUCAUCAUGUGCCUGUAAGCUACACCAUGUGAGAUAAACCUAGCUCUAGAUCCUUUCUGAGAUACAAGAGAAAAUCCCAGAAUAUUAUGACUGGCAUGAUCCUUGAAGAUGCUAUUUAGCAUCUUUAUUUUCUUGACCAAAAUAACUUGUCAUGCUGCUGACUUGUAUGUACAUAGUAUGUGCUAAUGCCAAAAAGAGCCCAGCUUUUUCCUGAGCAUAGGUGCUUUUCUAAAGCAAAAUCUAAUCAAGGAACUAAAUGUCUCAUUAUCAUUCUUGAACUUUCAGAUCUGGUUUUUCAUCUGCCUUUGUGAUGUGGUAUGUAGCCUGAGACUGUGGCAUUUCUACCACAUCAAAUGUACCUGGAAACUGCAUCUGUGAGAAGGUGGAAAGACAAAUUGCUGGAGCUGAAUCUUUUUUUUUUUUUUAAGAUAUAAGAACAUUUUUCAAUACUGUUUUAUAGAUAAACUGUUCUUUUCAAUUUCCAUUCUAGAGUCAUAGAGAUUUCUGGGGUUUUUUUGUGACACUUUGCAGAACUUAAGAGAGUCUUUCCUUCCCUGUUUUUGUAUACAUACAAAAUAAAAAAGAGUUUAUGGCUCAGCUGGCUGCUGCAGACUUCAAAUUCCAAGGUUAGUUUUAGGUAAGAAGGACUUUUUUUUAAACUCUGCAUCUGCAAAUCCUAAAGUUAUUUAUAAGAUAAAUAUACUUAUCUAAGGCUUGCAUAUAGGGAGCUUAAAAUAUAGAGAAUGAUAAUGCUUUUUCAAGAUCAUGAAAGAGAAUUGAAAUUAUUAAACAAAAAAAUAGUAGAAAAGUAAUAUGUAUGGAACUGACAUGAGAAAAAAGUAGUUUUUAUAGUUAUAUAGUUAUCAAAAUUUUAAGCAAAAUUAAAUUACUGGAUAGAUAAUAAAACUGUAAGGUUUUUGAAGGUAAAGUAAUGGAAAAAUUUGUGCAUACAGUUAAACAACAGCUGGUCUAGACAUCUAUAGCAUCCUUGGGUGCUUCUAGCAGAAGUCAGCUCAGUUAUGAAAAGUGGGGAUUAAAUGCUUCACACUGACAUCCUGUGCAAAAGUGACACAAAAGUUCUAUGAAUGUUAGUCUAAGCUCCAUAUAGUCCUGCAUUUUUAAUGUUUUGAAAGUUUUCCCAAUUUUUCACUAGGAAUUCAUCUGUUGCCAAUGAUUUGUGUAUAGAUAACACAUAAGAAAGUACUGGUUUUAAUUUUCUGUAAAUGUUUUAUAGUUAUUUAAAAAUAGGCUUAAUGGAAAUAUAAACACUUUCUAUCCAAACCAGAGAAAUAUUUUGCUAUUAUGCAUUUUAGUCAGUGAUAGCCACAGGUUUUAUACAGAGAAGUCAAGCAGUAUAAAAAUAUUUAGUAUUUAUUCAGAGAUUCAGAGAUUAAUGCUUACUACUGUGCAAAUAAUAAACUAAGUUUCCAUUUUACUGUGUAUCCCCAUAAUGCUGCCUGUAUCAGGUGCAGAUGUGUUGUACUUGCAGACAUACACUAUCUGAUAAAUUUUAAGUCAUAGAAGAAAUCUCACUAGAUAUUCUUAUUUUCAUUCUCUAACAUGAUUUUCUGUAGAGAUAUAUGUAUCUUAGAGCUAUUUUUAAGCCUUUUUUAGCAUUUGGAGACAUGACUGAAAGUAGAUAAUGAUGCUUUGUGAGUUGCUAUUCUUAGCUGGUUUUAGUGGAGGCUUUAGGACUGUAUCCAUCACAAAUAGUCAGGAAUUAGGGCAGUUCUGAAUUUGGUAUUUAUUUAUAACUGUGCAUGGCAUAAAGUAAAAACCACUUUGAUAUAAACCUCUCACCUUAUACUAUGGUAUAAAAUACAAAUCAGGAGCCAAUUGGAAAAAAAAAAAAGUUAUUUAAAGAAAAAGGUGGUUUUGAAAAAAUAAAAUGUUUCUGGAAUGCUUCCACUGGUUCCAACACCUCCCAAACUCCCCUGGCACUGGCAGCAUUGGGAUCAAAGAAAGAGGUCAGUGGUGAAUUUGGAUGUCCCUAGGCAGUACCAAUAGCAUUUGAAAUUAUAUGUUUAGGCUUAAGUUUAAGUAGAGAUGCAACUCCUGAGUCCUUCAUUAGAACUAACUCUCAAAAUUAACUUUGAGCAAAUAAUUUUUUGAAUAGUGGAUGACACUGUUAAUUUUUCUAUCCUCUAUAUGUGUGUUCUUGUCCUAAACUAGCACUAAGCUUUAUAGAGACUCAAAAAAAGUUUUCUGCACUAGUAAGGUUUUCCAUAUGAUAGUCAGAAAACCUUUGUUUUUGUCCUUAAGACAUGGUGUGGUUGAUUUGGAAAAAAAACAAACCAACAAACAAACCAACAACAACAAAAAACCCCAAUCUGUUAGAAAAAAGAACAACUAUUUUAUUAGGCAUGUCCUGAAACUCUUGUAUGUUUUUCUUUUAGUGUAUCCUGACUAAAUUACACAGUUUUAGAUUUAAUAUGUAAAAUUUUUGAUACAAAAUUAAAAAAAUAUUCUCUAAUCAGUAUUAUGUGAUUACUUAUGGAUGUAUAUUAACAUACGUGAGUGUUACACUGGUGACGUUUUUUGUAGUUUAUUGGAACCAUAGAACCAUACUGGCUUGAGAAGAGCCAUUGGCUUGGGCUGCAAGGGACUUAAAAUCAUCUUGUCCCAACACCCCUGUCAUGGGUAGGAACACUUUCCUCUAGACUAAAGCCCCAGCCUCACCUUGGACACCCAGGUCCUCAAGUGAGCACCCACUGAGCCACAACAGCAGCACUGAGCACUGAUGAAAGCUGCAGGCACUGUCCCAAAAGCCAGAGUGUGUUCAGACAGCAGUGGGAGAAUUUAGGAGGAAGGGUUUGGUUUACUAAGCAUUGAAGAAAGAAGGAAGAAAAAGGAAGGGGAGAUCAGAUAGCAGAGGAUCACUAGUCUUGGGUCCAGCAUUGAUUCGGCUAGUUCCCCAUCCAGGCUCUGUGGGAGUACCUUUUUAUAGGUAAGUAUAUGUAGGCUCCCUGUAGUUUUUUAUUACCUGUCAGACUUUUCCAGUGGUUUUGAAAAGAGGAGGCAACAAGGACACUAUUAAGACUCAUCCCAUCUUCACUGAGACUACUGUAAAUCUGUAGUGAUUUAGUUGAUCUACUUUACAGAUCUGUAGAUCUGUAGUGAUGUAGGGAACCUGAUUAUCUUUUUCCUAAAAGCUUGUCUGGUGAGAUUUUUGCUAUAUUGUGGCAAGUGCAGAACUGCAAGAAACUGUGGAAAGGGAUGCAUGGAUGGAUAGCUAGAAAACAUGCAGAGGAUUGGCACUAACUUUGAUGUAGAUGGAGUCUUCUUUCCAGGGUUGUGACAUGGUAUUCAGCCGUCACGGGUUACCUGAGAUCAUUUGUGCUCACUUCACUGCAGUGGUAGUAGGGGAAGCUCUGCUGGGGGAGAACAACACAGUCUUUGCUGUCAUUUUAAGUCCACAGUGUUUCAAGGCAAAAAGUGGUGUCAGUAUGAAGACAGACACAUCAGCCAGUCCAGAUCUGCUCCAAAAGCCUCAGGUUGAAGACAGAGAAGGCAACCUACGGUAGCAACAUUUCACCCAAGUACAGAGGGUGGUUUGGGGUGGAAGGCUGAAUUCUGGUCAAAGCUUUAUUUUUAGAAGGCUUGCAGUUAUUCCUCCUCGCCAGGUCAGUACUUCUGACUUCCUGUAAAGUGAUGUUCUCACAAAAUAUUUUUACUGCAUGUGUUUCACAAUAAAUAUUAUUAUUAUGAAAAUGGC